GGCCGGAUGAGUGUAUUGCAUGCACCUUGCAUGUUAUGUCGGUGUAUAAUUACUCUCCUGACAAGAGCUUGAGUAGAGUCCCUCAUCAAACGCAGAACCACAGUUAGUAACUUUGCUUGGACGAAACAGACGGAGCUUCUAACUUCAUCAUGUUGCGUGUUUUUCUGCUCUCUUUGGCCCUCUGCCAGGUAGUCUUGGCUUUCCCAGAUAACCUCCUGAACAAGGAAGAAUUGGAGCGAGAUAUUGAAAGUCUUGAACAACUUCUAGGAGAGAAGGAGGAACGGAACAGGGAAGCAGAAUACCUCAAUGGUGACAAGAGGGAGGUCAAGAUGGAGGAGGGUGAAGUGAUGAAACGUGCUUCGACAAUUUCCAUCAUUGGCCGGCCUACCUCUCAGAGUUCCGACUAUUCAGCACCCUUGUACACGUCUGAACUCGCAGCGGACGGGGACAGGAACACGAUACAAUACCCGUUCAAUGCCUGCACCAGCACACAGGAGAAACUGAACCCAUGGUGGCAGGUUGCCCUUGAUGGUGAACAUUGCAUCACCAAAGUUACUCUUUUGAACCGAGGAGACUGCUGCAGUGAACGUUUGGAGGGUGCUGUUGUCCGUGCAGGCUGCAAUAAGCAUGUAAUGGACAACCCAGUUUGCGGUUUGCCAGUUACCUCCGGCCAAGCAAAGCCUCGUGGCGGCCUCAUCGAUAAAACGUGCGACCGCCCGUUGACGGCGAGAUACAUCAGCGUCGACAUUCCCGCUGUACGGAUUCUGCAACUUUGUGAAGUCCUGGUGGAGGGAACCGUUGGCCCUUGCUAGAAAUUAUAAUCCUUACUGACUUACUGACUUACUGACUACGACUUUGAUUUUGACUUUUAAAAGCAACUUUUAGCUAAAUUUGUAAACAAUAACAUGGACAAUGUGUUUUUGACCUAACUCCGACUUGUCGAACUUUUUUUCGUUUAAAGGCUUAGCAUUAUUUUUCUUAAUGCAAUUUUAUUCAUAACCGGAAUUGAGCAACAACAACAAAAAUAAAUGUGGAAAGCCCAAAAAUCAAGACUACGGAAAUUUGACGUUUUUAACAUUAAGAGUGUCUACAUGAUUGAGUCUUUUUUCAAUUUCAUUUGUUGUUGCUGUUGGUUCUGGGGGUUGAGGUGCUUUUGUCUAACUUAUGUCGCUGAUGUCCUUUAAAUACAAUAUUUCUUGUUUAAAGCUACCACCACACACAUUAAGAUUAAAAAGUUAUUGCUAAUUACUUACAAUUUUUUUUUCAAAUGAACCCUUCUGUCGCUGAUAGGGCCUAUACACGUUAUUACUAUGUACAUGUAUGUGUAUUAUUGUAAUGUGUUCAGGGAAAGCGUACAUAAUGGUGGUCCGUAAUACCCCUAGAUAAUUCUCUCUCUAAAAAAAUGUGGGGAAAAAUGCAAAGUAUAAGAAUUGGUUUUGUUAUUUCAAAUGUUGUUUACGUCCUCAUAAAAACAGCAACAAACGAACAGCCAGUUGUUUGUCACAGUUUUUCUUUUUUUGUUGUGUAAAAGAGCGUAAAGCAACGAUUUGUAAAGCCAUUUUCACGUAGAGAGCUAGUUGUCUAAACCCAUCAAAGAUGUAGAGUACUGAAGCAACAUGAAGGGGUGUCACGAUAUAACAUAUAGUUUUGAUAAUAAACAAAUAAUCUUAAAGCAAGGUUGGUUCUGUGA